AUUUCGUAAUACAAUCAAUGUUUACAAUAAAUCAUUUUUUAUAUUUUUUUAUUUACAUAUCUUCAGCUUUUGCGUUUUCACCUAAUGUCUCUGAUGAUGACGUAGAGUAUGUUCCGCGUGUCGUGAAUGGUUAUCCCGCAAAACUAGGCGAUGUACCCUAUCAGGUUGCCUUCAAAGCACUCAUUCAACGACCCAGACUUUGCAAAACUUUUUGUGGGGGCGUCAUCAUGACACCGAAGACAUUACUUUCUGCAGCUCACUGUUUUGUAAACAAUGCAAAUUUUUGUCAGAAAAUAUUGUGUAGCAGCGGAAGCUUAAGGUCUCUGUCGGGCAAGUUUGCUGUAGCAGGUAAUUUAAGAAAUGUAGAUUUCUACCCACUUGUAGAAUCUGAUACAACUGGCCAAUGGAGAAAAUUAAGAAAAAUAGUUUAUCCAUGGACCUAUACAUUCCCUAGAGAUGAUAUUGCUAUUGUGUUCCUACGUUCUCCAUUUAUCUACAACAGCUUUGUAAACUAUGUACCUAUUGCAAGUAAAUCAGUUGACUACCAGGGAAAGUGCCUGGUGUCCGGAUAUGGGCGAAUAUCCCAGAAGGACUCGUCGGAUAAACUUCUUUUAGCCCAAUUAGAUCUAAUCCCAAUGCGAGCGUGUAACAGAAAACACCGGCGGAAUAUGCGAAGAUUCGUUUGCACGUCCAGUUUAUUCACAGAUGUUGGAAAGGGUGAUUCUGGUGGACCGUUGGUGUGUUCAAACACUGGUGACCCAAAUGAAGAGCCUGGGAAAGGAGUUCUUAUCGGUGUAGUGAGUGGACAUCGGUACGGAGCAGGCUCAUUCUUUACCCGAGUCUCAUCUUACUACAAAUACGUUAAAAGGAACAAAUCGAAUAAAUUACACUUCAAAUACAGCGUUGUUAUAAUAAUAGAAACAACGAUUUUGCUAUUUUGAUUUCAUUUUUAUUAAUUCCAGUGUUUU